AUGAAAUUCAAUUCAGAUUUCAGAAAAUCAUUUCAAAAUUCAAACUUUUUGUUUGUUCGAUUUCAAGUUAUAUAAAAACCACAUACAUUUCAAUUCAAAAUCCACCGUUUUCGCCUCUCCCAAAUCUCUCUCUCUUCAUUUCACCUGAACCUCACCGAGAUCUGAAUUACACAAGUUAUCAGUUUAAACGAUUAAAAAUGCCGGAAUCAAGAGACAGGCUAUCUAGGCCAAACAAUGACAUUGCAGAAAUGUAUAGUCAUCGUCAAAUGGCAGUAGAUAGCAUUGGCAUACUUCCAGAUAGCGAAAGGAGUGUCAGCCGGACUCCUUUUCGGUGGGGGACAACACCAUUGACCGGUGACGGUUCAGGUCAACGGAUAGGUGGGGUUGUUGCUACUAGAAUUGCAACUAGAGGAGGUGCUUCUGGAAGAGGGCUUUUUGGGACACCAAUGACUGUUGAUAGGCGUGGAGGCCGGAUGCAGAACACGCCGCCGGCUGGUAGUGUUCGGAGAGGCCGAGGCGGCCACUCUAGUGUUCUACCUGCUUGGUAUCCACGCACGCCUCUUCGUGACAUCACUCACGUCGUUCGGGCAGUUGAAAGAAGAAGAGAGCAUUUGGGAGAUGGUGAAGGGUCAAUUUUGGGGAGUCCAAUCCCAACGAAUCAGACUGCCGGCCGACAACAAUCAUCGUUGGGUGUUCAGCUAGAGCACGAGGUUUCUUUUGUGACACCGAAGCCGAAAUUAGCAUACAAGACGUAUAAACCUUGUACACUGGGAAAGAUUCCAAUCAUCUUAACUGCAAUUGCAAAUAAAGUUGAAGGGGACUCAGAGUUGUUAACACCUCAGAAGAAGCUGCUAAACUCAAUAGACUUGGUUGAGAAGGUGGUGAUGGAGGAGUUGAACAGAUUAAAGAGAACACCUACCGCUAAAAAGGCAGAGAGGGAGAAGAAGGUGAGAACUCUGAUGUCGAUGAGGUGAUUAAAUCUGAUGUCGGUGAAGGGAUUGAUUGGAUCUUUCUUAGAUUCGGUGCACACUUACAGAAGACUCUACUCUCGUUGAGCACAGUUAGAGAGGAUGUUCCGUAGGCAUGUUUGAUUGAUCAUCUACUGAUGAUUGGGCUCCUAGUUUUUUUACCUUUUUUCUUUAAAGGUUUAGUUUUGUUUUUGGUAUAGACAUGAGCAGCGGCUGAUGAUAUCUCUUGUAUCUAUAGGCGAUAUUUUGUAAUAACAUUAGUCUGCAUUUUGGGCAUCGUUUCUUUAAGUAGUGGUUCAGUAGUAGCAGAUGGAUUAACUGUUUUCACUUGAAUAGAUGUAUAAAACAGCCUGUUCCUUUUUGGGUAUGAA